AUGACCAUGGGAAAGAUCAUCUUCUACGAGGACAGGAACUUCCAGGGCCGUUCCUAUGAGACCAGCUCAGACUGCCCUGAGUUGACCUCCUACCUGAGCAGGUGCAACUCCUGCAGGGUGGAGAGCGGCUGCUUCAUGGUGUACGACCGCUCCAACUUCCAGGGAAACCAGUACUUUGUGAGGAGAGGAGAGUAUGGUGACUACCAGCGUAUGGGCAUGUCUGACUGCAUUAGGUCCUGCCGUAACAUCCCCAUGCACAGUGGCCAGUUCAGGAUGAGGAUCUAUGAGAGGGAGAACUUCGGAGGCCAGAUGCACGAGAUGAUGGACGACUGUGAGAACAUGAUGGACCGUUACCGUAUGUCCGACUGCCAGUCCUGCAACGUGAUGGACGGCCACUGGCUCAUGUACGAGCAGCCCAACUACAGAGGCAGGCAGAUGUACCUGAAGCCUGGAGAGUACAGGAACCUCAGCAACAUGGGGGGAAGCAUGGGCAACAUGAGAUGGCAGUCUAUGAGGCGUAUCAUGGAUUCUUGUUAA